AUGGGGGCUAUACAGAAGCAGUUCAAGAACAUUCCUUACAGAAUGAUAUCUUCUAUAUCCGAGCUACCUGACCCUGAUUCUCCAGUCCUCCAAUACAGGGUAUAUGAAAAAUCCGACUUUGAGCAUGUUCACUUGCAUCCAUCGACGUCACUGGUAAACUCUUACAUCAUCCGAAAGGCGUUGAUUCGCAAACACUUCCUUUCUAAUACUAUCGCCAAUUGGAUAACGAAAUACCCCGAUAGUGUGCUUCAGAAGCAUUUUAAACCUACAAUAGACUUUGAAUUAGACUAUGCGGAGUUUCUGGAUGAGGCCCUGCUUGAAGCUUACGAGCUACGUGAGAGUCUAGAGGCUAAUGAGGAAAAGGAAGACUGUGAAAAGGAGUGGUGGAUACUGAAACCGAGCAUGAGUGAUCGUGCACAAGGGAUCCGUCUCUUCAACAGUGAAAUGUCUCUCCAGAAGAUAUUUGAAGAAUGGGAACCCGAGGACACAGACUCAGAGGGAGGCAUAAGCAAAGAACCGGAUGGUGAUCUGAAUGACAAAACAGACACUGGGGUUGUUACGUCUCAACUACGGCAUUUUGUUGCACAGCCCUAUAUCCUGCGGCCCCUCCUACUACCGUCAGCCGCAAAUCGAAAGUUCCAUAUCCGAGUUUAUGUUUUGGCAGUUGGCUCCCUGAAAGUCUAUGUGUAUCGAGAAAUGCUUGCUCUCUUUGCAGAUAAAUCAUAUGUUCUUCCGUGGGAAAAGGGAGAGACUGACGAGGACGAACUCAGCUAUCUUAGUCGCCACCUCACCAAUACCUGUCUUCAAUCCGAUUCUACUGGGCAAGACGCGGCUCCUGAGAAUGUUCAGCGUUUCUGGAAACUAGAUGACAAGGGUGCCUCGGUGGAAACAGGAUGGAAGGACCGCGUAUACGACCAGAUCUGCGUGGUCACGGGUGAAGUAUUCGAGGCAGCUGCUCGCGGUAUGAUGGUUCAUUUCCAACCGCUACCUAACGCAUUCGAAAUAUUUGGGGUCGACUACCUAGUCGAUGAAACAGGCAACGCAUGGCUACUCGAACUAAACGCCUUUCCCGACUUUCGGCAGACGGGAGAUGAGCUAAAAUGCGAGGUUAUCGGGAAACUGUUUGACGAGGUAGUCAAGAUUGCAGUGAAGCCCUUCUUCUUCCCUACUGCUGAGAAAGGCAAUCCAGCAGACGAGCAGGCCAAACCUCGAUUCCGAUUGGUGGCCGACCUCAACCUGGGAAUCAAAUGA